UACCAGUUCUUUCACUUUAAGCUAUAAAAUUCGUGUGAAUUCAACAGCCGCUACAGUGUCCCGACAACAAUCUUUACAAGCUAGAGUGUAAAAUCACAGUCUGUUUUUGAUUUGCUGCAUAAAAUAUUAACCAAAAUGGGCGAUAAAAGUGACCAAAGUAUCAUGGACAAGUCUAUGCGUUCCGUAUUCGUGGGAAACAUUCCUUACGAAGCAACGGAGGAAAAACUAAAGGAUAUUUUCAGUGAAGUUGGACCAGUCAUCUCGUUGAAGCUGGUUUUUGAUCGAGAAAGCGGUAAACCGAAGGGUUAUGGAUUUUGCGAAUACAAGGAUCAGGAAACGGCACUUAGUGCUAUGCGUAAUCUUAAUGGAUAUGAAAUCGGUGGUCGAGCUUUACGCGUUGAUAAUGCUUGUACGGAGAAAUCCCGUAUGGAAAUGGCCGCUUUGCUCCAGGGUCCCCAAAUCGACAACCCUUACGGAGAUCCUUGUGAUCCCUGUGACGCUCCCGAAAUAAUAACGAAAACCGUUGUUUCUUUGCCACCAGAGCGACUGUAUGAGUUAAUGAAGCAGAUGAAAACAUGCAUACAAAAUAAUCCCGUUGAGGCUCGCCAAAUGCUGCUUCAGAACCCACAGAUGGCUUACGCGUUGCUUCAGGCGCAAGUUGUAAUGAGAAUUGUAGAUCCAGCAACCGCUGUUACUUUUCUGCAUAAGUCUAACCAAAUGCCACCGAUUAUAAUAAGUGAUACCAUGAGCAUUCCUGCUCCUCAGCAUUCGCCCGCUCCAGUGCCGGUUCCAGCACCAAUGCCAGUUCCUCCAGUUGGUGGAUCAUCGGCAUUUUCUUCGAACGUGGGACACGAUGUAGAUUUGCGAAAUGCUGAUCCGCGUAUUGGGCGCCAAAUUAAUCUGGAUCAAGACAUGCGUUCAUUGUCACAGUCCGGAAAUAUGGGAGGGAUCUCAUCCGCGAUGGACAGCAUGGGCGGUGGUUUCAAUCAGCGUGGAGGACCACCACCGCGUCCAAUCGGACCACAAGUUCCGCCACAAUCGAACCCAUUCCCGAUGGAUCCUCGUCAGCGCCCCGUUGACCCACGCCAGGGUCCGAAGGAUCCUCGCCAGCAGCCUGGAGGAGUAGGACCCAGUGGCAGGCCUGGACCUUCUAUUGCAGCAUCAUCAGCGGUUGCUGCAAGCGCAGCUGCAGCCGCUUCGUCCAAUGGAAUUCCGAAUGAUGCUUCCGAUCAGGAGAAAGCUGCACUCAUUAUGCAAGUAUUGCAGCUGUCGGACGAACAGAUUGCAAUGCUUCCGCCGGAGCAGCGUACCAGCAUCCUCGUACUGAAGGAGCAGAUCGCAAAAAGCACACAGCGAUGAAUUAUCAACAGAGUAAUAAGAAUAAUUCAGAACAAAAUUUAAAUGUAUGAAUGAAUUCAAAAUAAAUUCACGUUGGAUAUGUGAGGAAUAUAGGUAUAUCGAUUCCUCAACAAUUA